AAGCACGCUAUGAAGAGUCAUCGCACAACUAUGUCGCAUGAGACUGUAGACUUCGUUCAAGCACCCCCAGCAUCCGUAUUGUACCUACCAUACAGCAUCUGCGAGAGAAGAAGAAAACUAGAGAACGAAAAGCAGAAAAGACUUGCAAAGCUAGCAAGCAAAAUGGGCAAAGAAACUAGGAAGCCAGACCCUAACCUAAAGGACAUAUCCAAGGAUCGUCGUGAACUGGUUUUCGUCAUCGAUAACGGCUGGACGAUGUUCGAGCACUGGCCAAUCCUAACCUUUGUCGUCGAAACACUUGCGAUGAACGCUGCAGGUAUCGACAAGAGCGGCAUCGAUCUCCGCUUCACAGUAGAGGGAUCUCGACACAACGCAAGUGACAUUGUAGGAGAAAACGGGCGAAGGGUACUAAAAGAAAAGCUGCGAGCAGCCUGGCCCGAACACAAGCCAAAACCCAACGCAACAACCGACAUGACCAUGAUUCUCGAGAACAUCUACAAAGAAUGGCACCGCAACCGCCAACCAGCCACAACCCUCUACGUCUUCACCGACGGCAAAUGGUCCACCGAAAGCCUCACCGCCCUCCGCCUCGUCGCCAAAAACCCCAAUUCCCACCACGACAUCAUCCUCAACCCACCCCCCCUCCACAAAGCCAUCAUGGCCUUCGCCGAACAAGACCGCCAACAGACCGGUAACCGCCACUUCAGCAUCCAAUUCAUCCGCUUUGGCGACAACGCACCCGACACAGAGCACCUCCAAUGGCUCGACGACCACCUCUGUGAAAGCCACAAGUACCGCGACAUCAUCGACCACUGCUCCUGGCGCGCGACCGUCGACAAAAUCUUCAAGGGAAGCAUCGAGGGCUUCCUCGAUGAGAAGGACACAAAAGAGCCCCCCGUGCUGUACAAUUACAAGCAGUUGGUCGAGACAUUUGAUCGGUUCAAUCGUGGUGAAGAGGAUGGCCCUGUCGAGCCACAUAAUGCCACGCUCUCGUCGCCGCUGAUGCGCGCGGGCACGCACAGGUCUGUUGUGUCGACUUCGUCGCCGAGGACGCAGCAGAAGCGGUUUUCAAUGUUCUCCUCCCCGUAACGUCACUUGUUCUUUUUUUUGUUUUUGCAGCACAGUCUUGAUGCAUACGGUUUGGCCUGUGUAUGUAUGCAUCGUUAGUGACUUUUGGGUUUUUUGGGCUUUGUUCUCUUUUUUUUUAUUCAUAUCUCUCAUUUGGAUUUGGAUUAAGAUACCCAAGGGGAUAAUAGCCCUGUUUCUUGCUUUCUUUCUUUUUGGCUGUUUUGCAUUUGCGGCAUUAUACCCAUUGGAAUGGCGUUUUGCUGUUACUGUGUGGAUUUUGGUCCAUUCUACUUGCAUUUGAUAGAACCAUACGUUGUAUUGCACGGAUACAUAAUCGUCCACUUUUAGACUCCUGAAUUAUUCU